UGGAUGGAAGUAUACACAGAUAAUUUUAGUAUUUUCCUAUUUUUAAAACAAAUCCCAUUGAUUGAACUUUGUAAAGUUUAUAAUUGUAAUGCAGUGAGUGCUUUCUGAUAUCUUAUUUCUAAGCUAGAGGAACCCCUGCAUAAGGUCAAGUGUUCGGAGCUAAUAUAAGCUCCCCAAGAACAAUUAUCACAUAUCGUCAUUACAAUAAAGUAAUUCAUAAGACACACACAACAUGGCAGCCAAUGGAAAAUUAGCUCUUCUUAGCGUGUCUGACAAGACCGGCUUGCUGCCUUUAGCCAAAUGCUUAUCAGAAAUUGGUCUGGGGCUCGUGGCUAGUGGGGGUACAGCCACAGCCAUCCGCAAUGCGGGCCUCGCUGUCACCGAAGUAUCUGACAUCACUAAGGCCCCUGAAAUGCUCGGAGGGCGGGUAAAGACCUUGCACCCAGCUGUACAUGCUGGUAUUCUGUCAAGAGUGACCCCCUCAGACCAGGAGGACAUGAAGCGUCAGAACUUCGACAUGAUCAGCGUAGUGGUGUGCAACUUAUACCCGUUCGUUCAAACAGUAUCGAAGCCCGGCGUCACCAUUGCUGACGCUGUUGAGAACAUCGAUAUCGGUGGCGUGACCCUACUCCGCGCGGCCGCCAAGAACCACGACAGAGUGACCAUCAUCUGUGACCCCAACGAUUAUGAUACAGUUAUUCAGGAACUCAAGCAGAACAAGGACCAUCAAACUUCUCUUGAUACCAGGAAGCGAUUGGCGCUUAAAGCAUUCACACACACAUCGGAGUAUGAUCUCGCUAUAACCGACUAUUUCCGUAAACAGUAUUCUGCUGGACAGUCCCAGCUCACCCUGAGAUAUGGUAUGAAUCCUCAUCAGAAGCCAGCGCAAGUUUUCACGACCCGCGAUCGUCUUCCUCUAACUACCCUGAACGGUUCGCCCGGCUUCAUCAACUUGUGUGAUGCAUUGAACGCAUGGCAGUUGGUCAAAGAGCUUAAGGAAGCUCUAGGCCUACCCGCCGCGACGAGCUUCAAACACGUGUCUCCUGCUGGGGCAGCUGUCGGCUUGCCUUUGAGCCAGGAAGAGGCAUCCGUCUGCAUGGUAGCAGAUUUACUACCGAACCUGACUCCAUUAGCUUGUGCAUACGCGCGGGCCCGCGGCGCCGACCGCAUGAGUUCGUUCGGUGAUUUCGUGGCUAUAUCUGACGAAUGCGACGCCAUCACAGCUCGCAUCAUCUCUCGGGAAGUCUCUGAUGGUAUUGUGGCACCCGGAUACUCGGCUGAAGCCUUGGAAAUACUUAAGAAGAAGAAGGGUGGAAGCUAUUGCGUUUUGCAGAUGGACCCCAACUACGAGCCCGACCUAAUCGAGCAAAAGACAAUAUUUGGGCUCACCCUAGAACAGAGACGCAAUGACGCUAAGAUCACUCCGGAACUGUUCAAGAAUGUCGUGACGAACAAGAAUGCGCUUCCAGAGAACGCCGUGAGAGAUCUGAUUGUGGCUACCAUUGCUUUGAAAUAUACGCAAAGUAACUCCGUGUGUUAUGCUCGAGAUGGACAGGUGGUAGGCAUUGGCGCUGGCCAACAGUCCCGCAUCCAUUGCACGCGUCUGGCGGGCGGUAAGGCUGCUUUGUGGUGGAUGAGGCGCCACCCGAGAGUUCUCGCCAUGCGCUUCAAGCAAGGCGUCAACCGCGCCGUGCAAUCCAAUGCUAUUGACAACUACGUUAAUGGAACCAUCGGCUCAGAUCUACCGUUCGACCAAUGGAACUCUCUAUUCGACGGCGAGGCGCCUGCCUUGCUGACUGAGAAGGAACGCGAAGAAUGGAUCAAGAAGAUGGACCGCGUAGCUCUCGCUUCGGACGCAUUCUUCCCAUUCCGUGAUAACAUCGAUAGGGCCGUGCAGUGCGGCGUUGAAUACAUCGGCAGCCCAGCAGGAUCCAACAACGACAAAGAAGUGAUUGAAGCAUGCAAUGAACACAAGAUUGUACUUGCCCAUACCAACCUCAGGCUCUUCCACCAUUAACAACAUAAUUAAAAGAUAAUUAAUAUUCGAAUAAGGAGGAGCAAUCUCCAAAUAUAUUCUUUAAAAAAAUAUAUUAUGUACUGUCAACAUCAUGUUCAAGAGAUGCUACCGUUUUUGUUAACACAUGUAUUCAAGGCAUUUUUUUAUUACAUGGAUUGUAAAAUGUCCUAUAUACAAAUUAUUUCUAUAUACAAAAUUUUUGAUUUGUUGAAGAUUUGGCCUAAAAUGUUUUUUACUUAGAAUAUUUUAAGAUGUUGGUAUGUAAUUGUUUUCUUUUUUACAAAUUAGUGAUAAGAUCAUUACAUUAUUCUUAUUUAAAUGCCUAAAAUAUUAUACCAGGCAUAUGUUAACAAUAAAAUUGUUAAUUCCAAGUAAAGUGUGAUUCAAUCAUUCCAGUAUGUAAUAAGCAAUUAAUUUGCAUUCAAAUUGUCAAUACAAUUUGGUAAUGUGUACACUUACAUUAUAUAGUUUUCCUAAUGGUUUUAUUGCCAAUCAAAUGUAUUUUCUCGAUAAGUGUUUUGAAAUAAUAAAAUAUUAUAAAAA